AUGGCCUCGACAUUUGCGCGCUCGGGAGCAACUGCGGUCAGCCGGUGCCUCAGCGUAGGCACCAGCAGUAUCGUGCAGCGUCGUGCGUGUGCGGGUAGCUGCUGCCACGCUGUCCACAAGACAUCCUCGGCUCGGACCGGCGUCCUUCGUCAUCAACGGCACAGCUCCACCUCAUCAUCCCCGACAGCAGCUACAAGCAAGACCGUGCAGCUACGAGACGGGCCAUACGAUCCAUUCAAUGCCAUUGUUGCUACGCUUCCCACAUCGCAAGCGAUUGAGGAUGUUGAUUCCAAUUCGCCUCUCGCCGGUUGGACCGCGGCGGUCAAAGCGAACUUUUGCGUCAAGGGGGCACUAACGUCGUGCUCGAGCGCCAUGCUGCAGACGUACGAGUCGACAUUCGAUGCUGCUGCGGUGACAGGCCUGCGUCAGGCAGGGGCGGAUCUGCGCUACGUGACCAACUGCGACGAGUUCGGCAUGGGCUCCAACAAUGUGCAUUCGGUGCAUGGAGCGGUACGCAAUCCGGCCUCCCCAAUACAAAGCUCCGACACCACCGGCGGGGACUGGGAUGCCGAGACGGAGCGGUCAGCGGGAGGCAGUUCAGGUGGAUCAGCGGCGGCGGUACGUGCAGGCCUUGUGCGGUUUGCGCUCGGCUCGGAUACAGGCGGAUCGAUCCGACUCCCCGCGGCCUACUGCGGUGUUGUGGGGCUCAAGCCGUCGUACGGCCUGGUGAGCCGGUGGGGACUCGUCUCGUAUGCCGACAGUCUCGAUACCGUCGGCGUGCUCGCGCGCACAGUCGAGGAUGCAGAGCAGGUCCACAGUGUUCUGGCCAAGCAUGAUGCCCGCGAUCCUACCAGUGCAAGCCAAGAAUCGCGCAACACCGCAGCCCAGCUCGUCAACGACGUGAUCGCCGCACUGCCAUCUGCGGACUCGCAGCGUCCCUUGCAGGGUGUCCGUGUCGGUGUGCCGAAGGAGUACUUUCCAGUCGAGUUGCACCCGCGCGUUCUGCCAGCAUUCCGACGCACAGUGGAAGCGCUCACCGACCUCGGCGCCGAGGUGGUCUCGAUCCAGCUGCCGAGUACACCGUCUGCGCUCAGUGCUUACUACAUCAUCUCGUCUGCCGAGGCGAGCAGCAAUCUGGCGCGCUAUGACGGCGUCGAGUACGGCCUGCACGUGCCUCCCGUGCCGGGGCACCAUGCGUAUGCGGCCACGCGCACGGCUGGGUUUGGCGACGAAGUGCGCAAGCGCAUCCUCCUCGGCACGUUUGCGCUCACCGCCGAUGCGUUUGACAACUUCUUUCUCCAGGCGUCGCGCGUGCGGGCCGACAUCCAGCGCGACUUUGCCACCGCCCUCCGCAUCCCAAGCCCAUCGAGCGUGCUGAGCCAGACCCCACAAGAGGCGCAACCGAACGCGGCGGGAGUGGACGUGAUCUUGCACCCGUCCGCGGUAGACACGGCUCCCACGCUCGCAUCGGCGCUCAACAAGGAGCGCGAUGCGGGCGUCGCCGAAUAUGUUCAGGACAUCUUGACGGUGCCUGCGAGCCUGGCGGGGCUGCCGGCGCUCGCGCUUCCCGCUGGUGUCGCCGACGACGGCUGGCCCGUCGGCGCCACGCUCGUAUCGCAGUGGGGCUGCGACAGGCUCAUCCUGCACGUCGCCAAGCAGCUCCAACGCCAACUCGCCCACCAACCUCAUUGA